AUGUUGCGGUCGAUUCUCCGAUCGGUCGCCGGCUCCCAACCUCAGUCUAACCUCGGGAAGAUCCUUCUCCCCGGCACAGCCGAACCAGCUCAGCUCACUGCUUCGAGGAGCUUCUCCGCGAAGAAGAACUCGAAGCCAGACAAACCACAACAAGCAAACAAGAAUGUGGUUAAAAAGAAAGGCAAAAAAGAUGGCUCCGAAGACAACAAAAAUGUGAAGGCAGACGAUAUGCAACUUUCUCCUUCCCAUGACCCCAAUUCCGGAAUCAGAGCGGAGCGCCUCGCCCGCCUUGCCCAGAACGCCGGCAACAAAUCACUUGAUGUGAGACCUGAUGGACGGCCCCUCUUCACUGCCACUCCUUCGAUUUCGAAGCUUUCUCGUAGAGAUGUUUGCCAUUACAUGGACUUCAGUGAGGAGGAGCUGCGAAGGGUUUUACCAGAAGGAUUGCCGUUGGGGAUGGAAAAGGAAUUCGAGGAUUCAAUGCGACCCGCGUUGUUAGUCCGGCAGAGUUUUCUGGACUUGAGAGAUAAUUUCGGUCGGAUCGUGGAUCCUCCAAUGCACACUACUUCCAAAAUUCCACAAACUAGAAGAAAAAUUGUGUUAGAUGGACCUCGUAGCUGUGGAAAGAGUAUUGCAUUGGCCAUGCUUGUUCAUUGGGCCCGUAAUGAAGGAUGGUUGGUUUUUUAUGUGCCCCGAGGAAGAGAAUGGACUCAUGGAGGAUUCUUCUAUAAAAAUCCUCAAACUGGUUUAUGGGACACCCCUGUGCAGGCUGCAAACAUCCUUCAGGACUUUGUAAAGUACAAUAAGAAAAUCUUGGAAGAACUCCGGUGCAAUAUAACUGAACCUGUUCCAUUAGGAGAGGGUGCUGGUGUUGGAUGGAUGAGGGGCGUUGAUACAAUGCCAGUGCCUGAAGGAUCGACACUAUAUGACCUAGCUGAAUCUGGAAUAAAGCAUACCCAUGCUUCUGUUGGGGCACUAGCUCGAUUAAGAGAAGAGUUAUUGCUAGUGGAUAAAUAUCCUGUACUUUUUGCAAUUGAUCAAUAUAAUAGUUGGUUCACAUUCUCGGAGUAUGAGGAGCCUGUUACUGUUCGUUCUUGUCGUCCCAUUCACGCCAGAGAACUGACAACUGUGAAUGCAUUUAGGUCUAUGAUGCACAAAGAUAUGAUGAUGGUAGGUGCUUUCUCGCAUUCAACAGCAGUCGGUAAACUGCGUCAAGAAUUACCAAAUGUUCCUCCAGACUCCCGUGUUAAUUUACCCCGUUACAGUUUGGAUGAAGCUGCCACUGUCUGCCAUUACUAUGCCAGGCAACAGCUAGCAAACCAGGAUGCAUUUUCAGAAGAUAACUGGAAGAAGAUAUAUUAUCUCGCCAAUGGCAAUGGUACAGAGAUGAGGCAGUUGAUGCCUUUAAUGAGGUGA